GAAACAAUGAGCCACCGGUACAUCUUCAAGUACAUCAUCAUCGGUGACAUGAGCGUCGGCAAGAGCUGCCUCAUGCACCUCUUCACCGAGCAGCGCUACCGCAAGGACCUCCCGCACACCAUCGGCGUCGACUUCGGCACCACCAUUGUAGACAUCAACGGGGAGUUGGUGAAGCUGCAGAUGUGGGACACGGCGGGGCAGGAGCGCUUCCGCUCCGUCACACGGGGGUACUACCGCGGGGCGGCAGGGGCGCUGCUUGUCUACGAUAUUAGCCGGCGCGCGACCUACUCCCACAUCGGGACCUGGCUGACCGACGCCCGCGCCAACACCGGACCCAAUACCGUCUUCAUUCUUGUCGGUAACAAGUCCGACUUGGAGGAGCAGCGGGAGGUGUCGUACGAGGAGGCUGCCCAGUUCGCCGCCGAGAACAACCUUCUCUUUGUGGAGUGUAGCGCGCUGAACGGCAACAACGUCGAGGACGCCUUCAUCUCGACCGCGCGGAAGAUUCACGAGAGGGUGAAGAGUGGGGUGAUGAGCCCGACAGACCCGGAGAGCGGGGUGCAGCUGCAUGCGGCCGCCAUCCCGACCUCGACGAGCACCAGCGGCGGUGGGGCUGCCGUAAAUUUGAACUCCGGCAACACCGGCGCAGCCACCGCUGCGGAGUCGAGCUGCUGCUGA